AUGGAGCGAUGGAAGAAAAUUAUCCCUGAAAUAAUCUCGCCGAAAUACAGCGCGUACAUCAAGGAGUAUUGUAAGAGGAACGGCCUCCUGACGUUGUCCGUCUUUGCCGUGGUGACGGGCUGUGUACUGGGAUUCCUCCUGAGGUCAUUCAACCUGUCGACACAGGCCAAGAUCUACUUCUCUUUCCCUGGAGAGCUGCUGAUGAGGAUGCUAAAGAUGCUCAUUUUACCCCUUAUCACAUCCAGUCUUAUGUCUGGACUGUCAGCCAUGGACACGAAGGCCAGCGGCAGGUUGGGUGUCCUAACCAUUACUUACUACUUGUGGACCACUUUCAUCGCCGUCAUCGUGGGUAUUGUGCUCGUGCUCAUCAUCCAUCCAGGAACUGGCACCGAAAAGGACAGCCACCAUGCCAGCUCAGGGCCUGUUAUGACUUCAGCUGAUGCUCUGCUGGACCUCAUCAGGAACAUGAUCCCUUCUAAUCUAAUCGAAGCAACCUUUCAACAAUACCGGACCGACUUGGUGCCGAUCGUGCAGAGUUCCAACGCGAAGGAGUCUCAAGCUAACUACGUGUAUGUCAUGCCUGACUAUCACAACCCCCGCCUGGGCCACCCGGUUUUCCUGGACAUCACGCCGGCGCCCGACAUCAACUACAAGAUCGUGCCCAGCACCAGCAAGGGCAUGAACGUCCUGGGGAUUGUUAUCUUCUCCGCCACCAUGGGGUUGCUGCUUGGGAAGAUGGGCGAACGAGGGGCACCGCUAGUCAACGUGUGUCAGUGCAUCAAUGAGUGCGUCAUGAAGAUCAUUAACGCAGCCAUGUGGUACUUCCCCUUUGGCAUUGUCUUCCUGGUGGCUGGAAAGAUCCUGGACAUGCAUGACCCAGCACACCUGGGAGAAAAGCUGGGCAUGUACUUCAUCACGGUUCUGUCCGGCCUGUUCGUGCAUGGCCUCAUCUUGCUGCCCCUCUUCUACUUCUUCUUCACACGCAAAAAUCCUUUUAGCUUUAUUAGAGGGCUUCUACAGGCUCUCGUCAUUGCCUUGGCAACGUCUUCAAGCUCAGCCACUUUGCCGAUCACCAUGAAGUGUCUGCUGGAAAACUGUGGAGUGGACCGGCAGAUCGCUCGCUUUGUGCUGCCCGUGGGAGCCACCAUCAACAUGGACGGAACGGCUCUGUAUGAGGCAGUGGCAGCCAUCUUCAUCGCUCAAGUCAACGAGUAUGACUUAGACUUUGGUCAGCUCGUCACUAUUAGCAUAACGGCAACAGCAGCAAGCAUUGGCGCAGCUGGAAUACCACAAGCUGGUCUGGUUACCAUGGUGAUCGUCCUGACCUCUGUCGGGUUACCGCCUGCUGACAUCUCUCUCAUUGUGGCCAUUGAUUGGGUUCUCGAUCGCUUCAGGACAAUGAUAAACGUCCUCGGGGAUGCCUUGGCGGCUGGUAUUAUGGCACAUGUAUGCAGGAAGGACUUUGAAAAGGCCACAGCUGCUGCACCAGUUACCACAGCAAGACUAAAAAGUUUUGUUUUCUCCCAACAGAGAGACACUGUGAUCUCCGUGGGCAAUCAGAGCGUGGCACUGUCUGAUGCACCAUUGAUUGCCCACCGCUGUGAUUUCAUGUUUGAGGUUGAUGGUGAUAAUAUCCUGGAGAAACCAAUGGCCUGCUACAACCUAUGCCAAGUAUGA